AUGGAACCUCAGAUUUCUUUUCCUGUACAAGCUGGGGCUGCUUACACGGCCACAAUACACCACGACACUUAUCCACUGGUCACCGCUGCCAAUUGCAAAGAACAAAAGAAUCGAGCUGUUUUCAUCACCGGAGCUUCCCGGGGUAUUGGUCGUGCGUGCGCUGUUGCAUUUGCCCAAGCAGGCGCCUCUGCCAUUGCUAUAGGCGCUCGCUCGUCCCUUGACCCGGUCGAGAAAGCGAUUCUCGAGGAGGCAGCAAAAGCUGGUCACCCGGCUCCCAAAGUACUCAAGCUCACGCUGGAUGUUUCAGAUGAGAAAAAUGUUGCCUCCGCCUUUGCUCAGACAGAGCAAUCCUUUGGUCGUCUCGAUAUUCUUGUCAAUAAUGCCGGACGCCUCGAGAAUUGGUUCCCGCUCGCUGACACCGAUCCCACUUCUUGGUGGGCGACUUGGGAGGUCAAUGUGAAGGGGACAUAUCUGAUGACGCGAGCCUUUCUUCCGCUCCUCCUCAGAGGUGGCCAGAAGACAAUUAUCAAUAUCAACUCGAUCGGGGCGCACCUGUGCCGGGCGGGUGCCUCGGCCUACCAGACGGGGAAAUUGGCGAUAUGUCGUUUGACGGAAUUCACCAGCGUAGAGUACGGGGGACAAGGAGUUGUGGCAAUAGCCGUUCAUCCUGGAGCCGUCGACACUGAACUCAUCAAGGCCUUACCUGCCCAGUAUCAUACGAAUUUGGUCGAUGCGCCUGAGUUGGCGGCCGAUACGAUCGUAUGGUUGACCCGAAAAAAGCAGGAAUGGCUCAAUGGGCGAUAUAUAAGCGCCAAUUGGGACAUGGAAGAGAUCAUGUCUCAGAAGGACGAGAUUGUGGAGGGAAAUAAAUUGAGGGUCAGGUUGGUUCUAUAA